CGUGUCUUCCUUCGUCCAACUGAGUCACUGAGCUCGAAUGGCUUUGGCGACCGCUAAAAUUACGGAACUGCCUCUCCGGAACGCUCUGCCGAUCUCCUUCCGGUCAGACUCACUCCGGCGACUGUUCAGGUCACGAAAACCCUCGGCCCAGUCCGUCAGAAGCUACAUUUCCUCCUCUCUGCGGACGACGAAUCCUCAUAACCCGAAGAAGUCUUACCCGAAGGCCGACGCGCAGCAGGAGGAGCCGAGGUACUUCGAUGGGGAGAGAGGGAAGAAUGCGAUCGAGAAGAUUGUGCUGCGGCUCAGGAACCUGGGGCUGGGUUCCGACGACGAGGAAGAGGAGGAGGAACGGGGGGAGUUACAAUUCGGAGGAUUUUCGGCGACCGGAGAGGAGAGAUUGGGUGACUUGCUGAGGCGAGAAUGGGUUCGGCCCGAUAGCUUCCUGGCCGAGGAUGAAGGGGUAUUGCCGUGGGAGAGGGAGGGGGCGGGAGAGGUGCGGGGGAAGGAGGGAGGAGGGAAUAAGAGGAUUGUAAAGCCCCCGACUUUGGCGGAGCUGACAAUUGAGGAAGAGGAGCAGAGAAGGUUGAGGAGGAUGGGAAUGGUUCUUAGGGAGAAGAUCAAUAUCCCGAAGGCUGGGAUUACGAAGGAGGUGCUCGAGAAGAUUCAUGGCAAGUGGAGAAAGGAGGAGCUUGUUAGGCUCAAGUUCCAUGAGGUUCUUGCUCAUGAUAUGAAGACGGCCCAUGAGAUUGUCGAGCGUCGAACUGGAGGAUUCGUCAUAUGGAGAUCAGGAAGUGUUAUGGUGGUAUACCGUGGGGCCAACUACAAUGGCCCUGCUUCAAGAUCCAAACCUUCGGCAAGAGAGCGUAAUGCUCCGUCCGUAUUCGUCUACGCUUCUGCUAAUGAAUUGGCUGAAAGAAAUGCCGAAGAUGCUAGCAUGAUAUCGGAGAAGCCUGAGACCAUGCCUUGCCUUAAUGGGGAGAGCUUGACUGAAGAGGAAAUCGAAUAUAACAAGCUGUUAGAUGGUUUGGGUCCUCGCUUUGAUGAAUGGUGGGGGACAGGAGUACUUCCUGUAGACGCAGAUUUGCUUCCCCAGAAGAUUCCCGGGUACAAAACACCUUUCAGGCUUCUUCCUUCUGGGAUGCGAUCCCGACUUACUAACGACGAGAUGACCGACCUAAGAAAGCUUGCCAAGUCGCUUCCUUGUCACUUUGCUCUUGGGAGAAAUAGAAAUCAUCAGGGACUGGCGGCUGCUAUCAUUAAGCUUUGGGAGAACAGUUUAGUCGCGAAGAUUGCUGUUAAGCGUGGUAUUCAGAAUACAAACAAUAAACUCAUGUCCGAGGAGCUGAAGAAUUUAACAGGAGGUGUCUUAUUGCUCCGGAAUAAGUAUUACAUAGUCAUCUAUCGUGGAAAAGAUUUUCUUCCGCCUAGUGUAGCUGCUGCAUUAUUAGAAAGACAGCAGUUGGCGAAUCAGAUACAAGAUGUUGAAGAGAAAGUUCGGACAAGAGAAAUUGAGGAGGUUCCAUCAGCUCACCAUGAAGGACAGGCACUUGCAGGUACUUUGGCAGAGUUCUACGAGGCUCAAGCUCGAUGGGGAAGAGAGAUAUCUGCCGAAGAACGUGAAAAGAUGAUUGAAGAAGCUUCCAAAUCAAAGAGCGUUAGGCUUGUCAAAAAGAUUGAGCACAAGCUGGCUGUUGCCCAAGCUAAGAAACUAAGGGCCGAGAGACUGUUAUCUAAAGUAGAAGCAUCUAUGGUUCCUGCUAGUCCCGAUGAGGACCAGGAAACGAUUACGGAAGAGGAGCGUACUAUGUUCCGCAAAGUUGGUCUACAGAUGAAGCAAUAUUUGCCCCUUGGCAUUCGAGGAGUUUUUGAUGGUGUAAUUGAGAACAUGCAUUUGCAUUGGAAACAUAGAGAACUCGUGAAGCUAAUAUCCAAGCAGAAAACGCUCGCUUUUGUUGAAGAUACAGCAAGGUUGUUGGAAUAUGAGAGUGGUGGAAUACUGGUUGCAAUAGAAAGAGUGUCCAAAGGGUUCGCUCUAAUAUACUAUCGAGGGAAGAACUAUCACCGGCCCAUUAGUUUAAGGCCGAGAAACCUCCUCACUAAGGCAAAGGCAUUGAAGCGUUCCGUUGCAAUGCAACGCCAUGAGGCUCUCAGUCAACACAUAGCUGAAUUGGAGAAAACAAUUGAACAGAUGAAGAGUGAAAUAGGAGAUAUAAGUGACAUGGAAUCCGAGGAUCCUUGGAGCUCCAAUGAGAAUGGCCCAGUCAAUCGACUCUCAGAAUUCACAGGGAGCGAAGAUGAAGCUGUGUCCCAUCUCUCUGAUGAUGACUAUGAUGAUGAUGAUGAGGAUGAUGAAGGUGAUGAAGGUGAUCAAAAUGAUCUAGAUUGGGAAGAUGGCGAGGAAUCUGAAUUUUCUUGAAAGACAUCAACAGAAUGAUCCGCUCCGGCAAGAAUCAUUCGUCCUUUCACUGAAUUGUCAAGUGACCGAAUACCUGUCCUGCCAUUCCCUAUCUUUGUCUCGGAGAUGGGAUCUUGAUUCAAAUACAGAGAAUCAAUCUGGUAUUCUGGGAUGGACUGCACAUUGUUGAUAAUCAUGGUCUCCUUUCCUCGUCACCGGCAGCGAAAAUUGCUCGAUGCCUUGUACUUCCUGGCUGAUGUUUAUGGCGCUUCUCUUCAGUUCUGAGUUAGAAUGUGUGUGGAAGUUGAGUCGGAGUGGUACGAUGUUGUUCUGUUUGUAAUCACGCACGAGGUCUCCGUGACUUAUUCAUGUUCGUUCCGAGAUAACUUUUCUAAAAAACACCAUGUAUGUAUUUCUUGUCAUUGAAGAUGUUAAGAAAAGCUCAUCUGGUAGAGAGGUCAGGCUUUUGGAUUGGUUGAAGCCUGAACACUUAGAGCAGUUCAUGGGCCGGGCAGAAGGCCCACUUCUUACCAUCUUAUUGAUCAGUCCAUAUGUCCUCAUUUAAA